AUGAAGAAAAAUCAGAACAGUGGGUUGCCAGGAGCUGCAGGAAUAAACACCAGAUAUAAAAACAGUUGUCGAAAGAAACCACAGGAAUUCAUUGGAAAGAAAAAUUGGAGAAAAUUUCCUUCAAAAAGAUUUGAAAAUUGCAAAAAGAUCAAUGAAAAGAAAAUUCAAAGUCAGAAGCAAGAGAGAACUGAAGUAUUAAAUGUACCCAUUGAUUCCUUGAACUCACUGGAACAGUCUACCUCCCACAAAGAAAGAAGAUAUCUGCCUGUCAGUCAGAAGAAAACUAUUGUUUUAGCAACACCACUUAGAACCACAAGGUCAAUAAAGCAAAGAUGUAUGGAGCACCAUCUCUAUAUUAAAGGAGUAAGAGAUUUUUCCAAAACGAAGCAUCAAGAAGAAAGUGAAUCAGAGAUACAUAGAACUCCAAGUCCUACCAGUAAGUCCUUAGAGACCUUUGAACAUAGAGUGGAUUGUGAAGACAAUACCAAGGAGGACUGCAAUGACUGUGACAUAAUGACUGUCAAACAUAUUCAGAUCCCUUGCAUGCAAAGUAAACAAAUGCUCGCCAAUGAUUUUAAGAAAAAGAACAAGUUGCCCUCGAAACUGCAGAAAACUGAAAAUCAAAUAGGUGUAUCACAGUAUAGCCAGUCCUCAAGUGAAGAGAACGGAGUAGAAAUUGAAAGUAAAACCAGAGCAAGAAAUACAAAGGAAAGGCUGAAUCAGGAGAGAAAAACCAUCAGAAAAGAUAUCCUCCUUAUUUCAGAAUCUAAAGGUGAGAGUGAUUCUUAUAUCACACCAAAGAGACCUAGAUCUGUUGCUAAAGGAUCACAUUACAAAGCUGGUGGUAGCAUGGACUUUCUAAUUGAAGCUAAGGAAUCUGCUACAGCUAAGAGGCAACAGUUAGACCAUCUACCUGGUGUAACUGAUGAUGGAAAAUGGAGUGAGCCAGAGUUACAGAAGCUUCUUCGUUCUUAUAGACAGUCGCUGAUUUGCCAAUACUUUUGUACAGUACUGGGAUACACUCUAAAAGGAGGAAAACGUUUGCUGACUGGAGCCCGAAAGAGGACUGUGACACAGAUUCCUGUUCCUACCACUCCAAAGCAGGUGAGAGAAUUCUUGGGGACCGCGGGGUUUUGCAGGCUCUGGAUCCCAGGGUUUGCUACCCUGGCGGCCCCCCUUUAUCCUCUUACCAAGGACACAGGAUCCUUUACCUGGACUCCAGAGCAUCUGAAAGCCUUUAAGGAGAUUAAAAAGGCUUUACUUAGUGCCCCUGCUCUGGCUCUGCCGGAUCUAACUAAGCCUUUUACUCUCUAUGUGGACGACAGAGCAGGGGUCACUCGAGGAGUCCUAACUCAGACCCUGGGGCCGUGCAAAUGGCCUAUAGUCUACCUAUCAAAGUAA